CAAAAUUAUGACUUUUACAUUUGUAAUGAAGUCAGAAGUAUAUUUUUUCAAAAUAAUAGAUAACUAAAAAACCGAGAAAUAUGGCGUUGGCACGUGCAUAUGGAAAAGUGCCCGAAAUAUAUGGAUAUCAAACGUUACAUCGUGAGAUCGGAUACUAUAUUUCCAGAAUAGAACAAUAUGAAAAAUCGGUCAAAUUUUUCGACGAGGCCAUCAAAAAAACCCCGGACGACAAACGAGCCUUAAUCGGUAGAGCCAGAGCUAGAUCGAAAGUAAUCGAAUAUGAAGGAGCCUUGGAAGAUGUCAACAAAGCCUUAGGCUAUGACCCUAGCGAUUUGGUUGUUUUGGCCGAUAAGGCCUUAAACACCUAUUUGUGUUGCGAAUUUGAAGAAGGGCUGCUUCAAAACACCCGUUUACUACCACAACGUAAAAAACCCGACAAUUUUAGCAUGGGCGUGAUGCAAUGCUCGGACGCUAUCGAAAAUUGCCUGGGCGAACGAGCCGGCAGGCCUUUGCGCGAUCAUUUUCUGAUCAUCCGCAAAAUGGCUUGGGAGAGAAACUAUGCCGCUCAUAAACCGUUCGAGCCUCAGCCCAGAAAUAAACCGAAAAAAAGGAAGAAAAUUAUGUUGAAGAAUUUGUUGGAUUUGCAAAGUGAAGGAUUGAAAGAGGCACCCGCUCAACCGAAGAAAUUAUUGAAAUUGAGAAGCAAAAGUUAUCUUGAGAUGGACGAAAAAGGCACUCUAGACAUCCGUGAAUCGCUUCAUUCAAUAGAACCCGACAACGAACCAAUACCUAAAUACUCCAAACCCUUCCCGUUUCGUCCUCUACAACACUUCACGACAAAUAUAGAAAACUACAUGGCCGAAAAAUACUUGGACUCGAUGUACUUGGACAAAAUCUUUUUGAAACAGUUACAAUCGGCGCCGGGUGCCAAAAGUCCCAAUAAGGACGGCACCAAACGCAUCUAUCAUCUGGCCAAAAAUUGUCACAAAACUGUUCACUACAAGCAAGAAUUACUAAGAACCCGUAGGCCGUUCUAUUUCAUUAAAUAUCAAGAAGCUACAGUUACGGGUGGUUUGAAAGAAAGACAAAAAAUGGAGCUUGAACAUCAACAAUACCUAACCAAAAUCGAAGCCGACACGCUUUGCAGCAAAAUGAUGGAAGCUUACACUAAAAAGCAGUUGAAGACCGUGCUGCACUUCGUUGAAAAGUUGAAGGCCUUUUGCGAUUAUAAGCCUAAAAAGCUUCUGCCUGACAAGGACAAAUACAUGGUUCAAGUGUUCGAUACUAUAGCGAAGGCGUUUUACGAUGUGUACAGGGUUAAUCCUGAACAUUCUUUCUUCCAACAGAAAAAGCGUAUUUAUGCGGUCUUGGGGAUUCCUCUGAGCAGACAACCUUCGAGGGAUUCGGUGGUGGAUCAGUUCAAAGACACGUUCUUUGAUCAUCAAAGGAGAAUUGAAGAAUUUUCUAGGAGGUUGUGCGAAGCUACUUCUUCAGAAGAAACUUGCUGGUAUUAUCAUGAGUUAUCUAGAUACGAAUACGAAAGAGGCAGAUACGACCUAUCACGACUCUACUCGAAAAAAUGCAUCAAAGAAGCCAAACUCAUAUUAAACACAACGUGGAUCUUCAACAGCGCCAUGCUGAUGCUGAAAAACAACUUGGCUGACCACAACAAAAAUGACGCUAGGAACGAUUUGGCCUUAGCAGUAUCGUGCGCGGAAGAACUCGGCGACGAGGAAAAAAGCGACUACCUGACCAAGUGCCAGGAAGUAGUCGAAACUGUCGAAUUCGAAGACAUGUUCGGAGCGAAGCAGCUGGAAAAACGCGAAAACAAGAUCGUCCAAAUGAUGACCGAUUCAAAGAUGAAGGACGAAGUGGCGCACUUGUUUAGGCAAAUGGCCGCGAUGCCAGCCUCGAGACGGAUGACCGUGAUGCCUGGCGUUAGAGCGAGCGAAAAGGGCAACAAAAAGUCGUUAAAGUCUAGGACGAUGUCCAUUAUGCCUGGCGCUAAAGAAUCUAGCGAUGUUACUCGGUCAGCUUCCGGUGGAUUGAAGGAUUUACUUGACUUUUAACAAAUUUAAGGGACAACUAGAAAAUGAACAUCUAAGUCGACUUAUGAAGCAAGGAAUAAUCCUCAAUCCUUUCAAUAUCUUGUAAAUAUAGGUAUUUUCUAAGGGAGGGAAGAAAUAAAUUAAUUUCAAAAUAA